CAGACGCAAACCGCAGACCGGUAACCACCCGAGUCCGACCGCGUGGCGCCCCCCUAUUAGUCGUUCACCGUCCUCUCGCGACCGCUGUCGGGACCUUAGCCUUCGACCCGCGCUCUUUUCACGAGGAAGGAGGAGGAGCAGAAGGAGGAAGAAGGGACGAGUCGCGAAACGACGAUCGGGAAUUCCAGAGCCGGCGAUCCGAAUUCGGCUCCGGCGGCGGAUCGGAGAUUAUGGUGAAGAAGCGGGUACCCGACUGGCUCAACAGCUCGCUCUGGUCCUCCGCGCCGCCGCCCGACGACGAGCGCCUCCUCCGGUACGCCUCUAAGUACGCCUCGGCCGACGACGACGGCGAUGGCGACGGGGACGGGCGGCCGGCGGCGGCGUCGGAUCCCCCGGAGGCGGCGGCUGCAGCGGCGCGGCCCUCCGCCUCCGGCCCCCACCCGCGUCGUCGCCAGGGGGGAGCCCGCGGGGGCGGCGAGGGCGGCAAUGACGAGGAGAACGGCGACGCCGAGGGUCCGUCCGGGGAGGAGUUCGCCAGGCAGGCUCAGCUCUUGGCCGAGCUAUCGAAGAAGGUGGUGAAUGUGAGGGAGUUGAGGAGGAUUGUGUCACCCGGGAUACCAGAUGGCGCAGGGGUUCGUCCCACCGUGUGGAAGCUUUUGCUUGGUUAUUUGCCUUCGGAUCGAGGGCUCUGGUCGUCUGAGCUUGCAAAGAAGAGGUCGCAAUAUAAGAACCUCAAAGCUGAGGUUUUGAUGAACCCUUCAGAAAUCACGAGAAGGUUGGAUAAAUCCACAAGCUGUGACAACGAAGAGUCAAAGUUUCAAAGGCGUGGCAUACUCAAGCGAUCAGAAAUAACUCAUGGGGAGCAUCCCUUGUGCCUUGGAAAAAGCAGUAUUUGGAAUCAGUUCUUUCAGGAUGCAGAGAUCGUACAACAGAUUGACCGUGAUGUGAAACGAACUCAUCCGGAUAUGGACUUUUUCUCUGGAGAUUCGGCAUAUGCAAAAGCUAAUCAAGAUGCUCUGAGGAACAUAUUAAUUUUGUUUGCUAAGUUGAAUCCUGGCAUAAGAUAUGUCCAAGGCAUGAACGAAAUCUUGGCUCCUCUUUUCUUUGUAUUCAGAACUGAUCCUGAUGAGGAGAAUGCGGCGGCUGCAGAAGCGGAUACUUUCUUUUGCUUUGUUGAGUUAUUGAGUGGUUUACGGGACAACUUUUGUCAGCAGUUGGACAACAGUGUUGUGGGCAUUCGUUCGACAAUUACAAGGUUGUCACAGCUUCUCAAGGAACAUGAUGAAGAGCUUUGGCGUCAUCUUGAGGUCACGACAAAGGUCAAUCCACAGUUCUACGCAUUUAGGUGGAUUACUCUCCUGCUGACCCAAGAAUUUAGUUUUACGGACAUCCUACACAUCUGGGACACGCUUCUAAGUGACCCUGAAGGUCCUCAGGAGACAUUGCUUCGCAUCUGCUGCACAAUGCUGAUUCUUGUACGGAGACGCCUCCUUGCCGGCGAUUUCACUGCUAACCUUAAGCUACUGCAACAUUACCCCUCCAUGAAUAUUAGCCAUCUGCUGUACGUAGCCAACAAGUUGCGUUCUAAACCUUCAGGUUAAUUUUUACCCCACUUGUAUCUUUCCUUCCUUUUUCCUUUUCUUCUUUCUUUCUUUCUGGUUUUGCUUUUUCAAUUUUUUUGUUGGACUGUAAAUCCGUGUAAAUUAUUGGGUGUAAAUGUCGAUCGACAUAGGAAAAAUUUCAACAUCCAGGAAUAGACUCUGCUUUUGUCUGUUGUUAUCGUUUGAUUAUAGAGAUCAGCGAUUUUUCCUUUUUACCCCCCUUCCUUUGUUUUUAAGAGUGCACUGUAGAUCAAGAACUUCAGCUCUACACACGAAAAUGUAAUUUGCCCUUGCAUUCAUGAAUAUUAACAUUAGCACUUGGUGCUUGAUCCUUUGAUUAAUAAGGUAUUGCCUACUCCUA